AUGGAAAACUCAGAUUCUAGCGAUCAAGGAAAUGACCAAUCUGCAGCACAGCGCAGAAGGCUAGUGGAUCGCUUGGAUGGGAAAGAAGCUUUCCAUCGAUUUGUAAAUAAUCUGAGCGGAGAAGACUAUCGACUUCUGAGAGACAACAAUUUGCUAGGCACCCCGGGUCAAAGUACUGGGGAGGAGCUGUUCAGAAGACUACAGCAAAUUAAAGAGGGGCCGCCUCUGCCGCCGCCGCAGAGCUCAGAAGAAAAUGGAGACUCUUCAGAUGACGAGUCCAAUGUUGACUCCGUAAUAGCUUGGCUUUGCUCUGUCAGACAGACUGGCAAUACAACAAGAAGUAGUCAGAGAGGAAAGCAGUCCGGGAGGGCAGUGAGCCACACUAAUCCAAACAGUGGUGAUUUCAGAUUCAGUUUAGAGACAAAUGUUAACCGUAAUAAUGGAAGCCAAACCUCAGAGAAUGAAAAUGAACCAUCUGCUACACGUCUUAGUGUAGAAAACAUGGAUCGCAGCCUCCAAAGGCAAGUGGAAAAUUCAGCAUCUGAGACAUCAUCUGCCAGAACACCUAGGUCAGAACACAGUUCUGCUGAAGCAUUAACACAUGUGCCAUCCACCAGAGGUCGGAGGAUGGCAAGAAGCCUGAAACCAGAACACCAGCGAAGAACCAGAGCCAGAGCUGAAAGAAGUGGGUCUUCUCUGCACCCAGCAAAUGAAAUGCCACGAAGAUCUCAUCAUAGCAUCUCAUCACAGACUUUUGAGCAGCCUUUGGUAAACGAGAUCGAGGGAAUUUCUAGAGCCCCUCACCAUGGGACUUUGAGGCACCAGAUAACUGGACCUGACUUGCUAGGUAGAGGUCUUUUUGUGGCUUCUGGUUCUAGAAAUUCUGCCGCUCAAGGGACAAGCUCUUCAGAUACUGAUACCAAUGGUGAAGCGGCAGGAUCUGGUCAAAGACCUCCAACCAGAGCCCUUCAAGUCAGAAGAGUUCUGUUGGCAGAAGACCAGCAGAGGGAUGGCAUAGCUAGCAGAACUCGGUCAAGGUCUCAGAUCCCAAACAACAGGGUCACUUAUGAAAGUGAACCUGGAGGUUUUAUAGGCACCUUUACAGUUUCUGAACGUGCAGCUGGGAGAACCUCUGUGAGUACUCCCAGGUUUUCCACUCUUACAAUCUUCAAUAGUGGAUCAAGGGAAACUAUAUCUCUUCCGAUUCAAACCAGGUUAAGGCAGAGAACAACAGCUUUUGGUGAGCUUCCAUGGAGUGGAAGAGGGAGCUCUGGUGGUAACAACUCUGCUUCCAUCCCCAGCUACAACCCUGGCUUCAGUUCCAUUGAUCAAUAUUCAGAAAGUAUCUCACAGAUGUUUGCAGGAGGUAUUGAAGCAACCCGACUUUACCCCUUUAAUGACAACCACCUAACUAGAGGACCCACCAAUGUCCAGAUUAAUAACUUGGCAACGAGAAGUUUUGGUGAAAACGAUGCAUUGAAGACAUGUACUAUUUGCAUUACUGAAUAUACAGAAGGCGACAAACUUCGUGCGCUACCUUGCUCCCAUGAGUACCACGUCCACUGCAUCGACCGCUGGUUAUGGGAGAAUAACAGCUGUCCCAUUUGUUGCAGGGUCGUCUUUUCUUCCUGGAACAGAAUUCUCGAAGCUGUGUUGCUGGAAUAG